UUCAUCAAGCCAUCAUAGAUCUCCAAAUAUCUUCAUCUAUAGCGAGUGAUAACAGAGGAAAUGGCAGCUUGUGUCGAAAAUUGCAGAAGCCAAAACUCAACUAUCCCAUUUUCCUUAGAAUCUAACCAAUGCCAACUGAGUAAUUCCCUAUGCAAGUUGGUCAAAUUAUGUAUACCCACUUUGCCAAAAUCCAUUCCUAUCAAAUCUGUACUCUGGGUUGGUGAGAAAAAUCCACCAACUUCCAACUUCUUGCCCCUAGUAAGAGAUGAAGAUGAUGAAGAAAAAGUCAUGUGGAUUCAGAUUCAAGAGGAAGCAUUGUCCGAUGUUCAACAAGAGCCAAUUCUCCACGAAUACUAUACCUCAUCGAUAUUGUCACACAACUCACUCGAAAGCUCGUUAUCAAAUUUGUUGGCCAUGAAGCUAAGCAAUUCAAGCAUUUCAAAGACAACACUUUUGGAAACAUUCUAUAGCGUUUUCAUCAAAGAGAAGGAAAUCAGAAGAGCUGUUAGGAAUGAUCUGAAAGCCGUAAGAGAACGAGACCCGGCUUGUACUAGUUAUGUCCAUUGCCUUUUGAACUUCAAAGGCUUCCAAGCUAGUCAAGCGCACAGAGUGGCACAUAAGUUUUGGUGUCAAGGAAGGACUGCCAUGGCAACUCUGAUUCAGAUCCGUGUUUCGGAGGUUUUUGGGGUUGAUAUACAUCCUGGAGCUAAGAUUGGAAGUGGGUUAGUGAUUGACCAUGCCAAUGGGGUUGUGAUUGGGGAGACUGCCGUAGUAGGAGAAAAUGUUACGAUUCUUCAUAAUGUGACAUUAGGUGGGACAGGUAAGGUUUCUGGGGACAGGCAUCCCAAAAUUGGCGAUGGGGUGUUUAUAGGAGCAGGAAGUAAAGUUUUGGGUAAUGUUAGAAUUGGAGAAGGUGCUAGGAUAGGUGCUGGUUCUGUGGUGUUGAAAAAUUUGCCUCCUAAUACCACUGCUGUUGGAAAUCCUGCUAGAUUAAUUGGGGUUUAACUGAAAACAUCAUGAUCAGGACCAAAUCAGAACUGCCACGUGCUAGAUUGUAAAGUCGGAUAUGGUCAACACUCAUUACUUAGAUUACUAUGCAUCAAAUAAUUGUAAGAGUGCUCCAACAUCUUGUUGGCUAGUACAUUUUUAUGUUAAUGCUUCCAAGGCCCCAACUUUCAUAUGAUACAAGUUGAUUUUGCAUUA